AUGAAACUACAAGAUUUACGUGCAACUAUCGUCUUUCUUCUAUCCUUGCUAGCAAUUCUUCCUCACAUUAUUGCUAAUCUUGAUUCAGACAAACAUGCUCUACUUCAAUUUGCUGCAUCUGUCCCACAUCUUAGAAAACUCAACUGGAACUCUGCUUUGUCAAUCUGCAAUUCUUGGAUUGGGAUCACUUGCAACAAAGAUGGAACGCGAGUAGUUGCAAUUCAUCUGCCUGGUGUUGGACUUACUGGCCAUAUCCCAGCAAACAGCAUUGGCAAACUAGAUGCUCUCCAAGUCCUUAGCCUAAGAGCAAACAAUCUAAAUGGAAAUCUUCCUUCUGAUAUUCUUUCAAUCCCUUCUCUUUACUCUAUCUACCUUCAACAUAAUAACUUCUCUGGUGAUAUUCCUGUUUCCUUUUCAUCAACACUUGGUGUAGUAGAUCUCUCGUUUAACUCUUUUACCGGAGAAAUUCCCCCCAAGAUCAAGAAUUUGCCUCGACUAUCCAUGUUGAACCUAAAGUUCAAUUCACUAUCUGGAUCAAUUCCCAAUCUUGAUGUGUCAAGGUUGAGUUUUCUGAAUUUGAGUUACAACAUGUUAAAUGGCUCAGUUCCAUAUUCCCUCAGGAAGUUCCCACUUUCUUCUUUUGUGGGGAACUCUAAUUUAUGUGGAACACCUUUGAGUAGCUGUUCUUCGAGAUCUCCAUCACGUAAAGGUGACAACUUUAAGAAACUUAGUAAUGAAAUUAUCAUUGCAAUUGCAGUAGGUGGUCCUUCUGUUAUAAUUCUCCUUGUUUUAUUCAUCUACUUCUGUUAUUUUAACAAGAAGGUUGAUAACAACACAAGCAUGGUUGAAGAGAAGAAUGAGAAGUUAGAAGACUUUGGAAAUGGGGUUCAAGAUUCUGAAAAGAACGAGUUAACUUUCUUUAAAGGGUGCUCUUAUAACUUUGAUCUUGAGGAUCUGUUAAGUGCUUCUGCUGAUUUUCUUGGUAAAGGGAGUUAUGGAACUGCUUACAGAGUUUCUUUGGAUGAGGUAUCGAUGAUAGUUGUGAAAAGGCUGAAGGAAGUAAGGGUUGUUAAAAAGGAGUUUGAACAGCAUAUGGAUAUUGUUGGAAAGAUUACAAGGCACCCAAAUAUAGUGCCAUUUCUUGCUUGUUAUUACUCAAAGGAUGAGAAACUUCUUGUUUGUGAAUACAUCCCUUAUGGUAGCUUGUCAUCCGCCUUAUAUGGUAAUGGAAGAACUCGACUAGACUGGGAUACCAGAUUGAAGGUCUCUCUUGGAGCAGCAAAAGGAAUAGCACAUAUCCAUUCUGAAGGUGGAGUGAAAUUUACUCAUGGAAACAUCAAAGCAUCCAACAUACUUCUUACAAGGGAUCUAGAUGGUUGCAUUUCUGAUUUUGGCUUAAGCCCUUUAAUGAAUUACACAGCCAUCAAGAAUAAGGCUGCUGGUUACCAUGCUCCAGAAGUGAUUGAAACGCGAAAAGGCACACAAAAAUCAGAUGUUUAUAGCUUUGGAGUGUUGGUACUUGAGUUGCUCACUGGCAAAUCUCCUCUGCCAUUGCCAAGGCACGAGGACGUAGUCAAUUUGCCUAGAUGGGUACGAGCUGUUGUUAAAGAGGAAUGGACAGCUGAAGUUUUUGAUGCAGAGCUGAUGAAGUACCAUAAUAUUCAAGAAGAGAUGGUGCAUAUGCUUCAAAUUGCACUUUUAUGUGUAGCAAAGGUGCCUGACAUGAGGCCUUCAAUGGAUGAAGUGAUUAAAAUGAUUGAGCAAAUUAAACAUCUAUAA